UUAACAUGGCUAAAAGGGCCAUUAAUUUUAGUCUACCUAAAACAGUAGAAGCUGUACGUAGGACCUUAGGCAGACGUGCAAGGAACAGAGCUGUUACGCGCCGAGGUGAUGAUACACACCAAUCUGCGGAAGCGCUCAUAAAGACGCAAUUCAGUCUCACAGAAGAUGCCUACAGGCACUACGGAGUAUCCAAAGGGAUGCUCCCGGCACACCUAGCUGACAAGGAUGCCUUCAAGAUAGACGAAUCAAGGCUAUAUACCGAUUUUGAAGACACAACUCCAAAUAGCAUAGCGUCUAUUGUGGCACUCAGGCCAGAUGAUAUGCUAACAGCGCUGCCUGAAGGGUGUUGUGGCGACGUGUUGAAAGAUAUCGCAAUAUUGCCUGAAGGCCAGAAGCUAGGAAUUGUCAAGCGCAAGAUAGCAACGGAGAUCAUAUCGCAGCUGAAGCAGUAUAGCACAAAGCCAGUAAUAAAUCGCAGAGGCAUACUCCUGGACGGUAAGCGGGGUACCGGCAAGAGCUACGUCCUCAACCACGUGGCAUUGUGGGCAAGGAAAAAUGGCUGGAUGGUUAUUUUGGAGCCAAGUCCCUCUAAAUAUGCCAGGGAAAUUGGUACCAUAAAACGGUCAAAUGCUGGAGUCUAUAUACAGAGCGAAUUCGCAGUGAAGUUCCUGGAAACCCUGAUGACAUCCAACAGGGACAAUCUAGAACGCAUAGAGUGUAACUUGAAGUACUACGGCAAAAUAGCACUGGAUGGCAAUACCGUGGAGUACACUAAGCGGAUGUUCAACCCAGUGAUACAGAAGGCAGUUGCAGAGGAACUGGAAAUAUACGCCGAGGAAGAGGGAGCUGAUCAACUGCAAUGCGAGAUCGAGCGCCUUAAACUGUGGCACUCAUAUCGACAGCAGUUCAAGAUACCAGUGUUGAGUGAUGUCCUGGCCUCGCCAACAAACUUGGCGCAAAUAGCAAGCUUUGGGAUAGAAAAUGAAACUUACGCCAACCAGGCAGUGUACGAGCUGUUCGACCAACUGAAGCACCAAACUGCCAUGCCCCUGGUUAUAAUAACAGAUGAAUACAACGAAUGCUUCCCAGUGUCGGAGUAUUUGUCGAUCAAAUAUGACAACACGAAAUUCAACGGAUGGAUACCAAGCUACCACCUGGCGAUGCCGAGACUCUUCAGCAAAUUUGACGGCAACCACUACAAAAGGGGCAUAAAACUGAUGGCAACUACAUGGACACGCUCUAAAAGACGUAAUUAUAAACCCGAAUUGCUAGGUAUCAUGCAACAUGAAACCAGGACUGUUAGAGCAUUUACACCCAUGGAAUAUGCAAACCUGGUCCAGCACCUACGGUCAACGCAGACGUUACAUAACUUCCCAACGGAUAAAACCAUGUACUUCUACAUGCUGACAGGCGGCAAUGGGUUUGAAAGCAGAAGGCUGCUAUCCAAGUUGUACUAGCC